CACUCGCAAAAUAUCUCACGGAACAAAAGCCGUGCGCGCGCUGAGCUCCUCCCCGCUGGAAGUGAACGACAAUGCGAUCAUUUAGCCUUUAAAGUUUGUUUAAAACAUUGUGAUAUAUAUUGAGGUGUGUAGUGAAGUGAUAUAAACCACCAGACCUACAGUUUGUGUUAAUCGAAGCCGUGCGGGAUUCUCGCGAGAGUGGAGUUUUUCUGGAGUUGCAGGAGUUUGAGGAGUAAUAAAACUGAUUGGCAGAUCUUCCUGAAGUCCUGGUGUGAUCUAAAAGUACAGCUCACCCCAGUCUGGACUACAUGGGGCUGCAUUGUCUCUUCUGAUUGGCUGACGUUCACCUUCCUGUCUUGCUCAUGAGGUAACCCCGGCUGUUGUAGUUGAUGCCCGUGUGAUGGGGCAGAGGGUGUCGGGUGCGGUCAAGUCUGCCGAUGAGCCGGCGGGAGAGUUGGCUUACCGGCCGGCAUGCGCGUCACUUCGAAGCCAUGGUGUCCCGUUACCUCCUCGUCUGGAGCUGCUGUUAGACAUGCCACCGGCAGGACCAGAAGUUCAGCUCCUGAACGCCUGGAACCCAGACGAACGCUCGCUCAACCUGUUCAUCAAAGAUGACGACCGUCUAACGUUUCAUCGGCAUCCGGUGGCCCAGAGCACGGAUUGCGUGCGGGGAAAAGUGGGCUUCACCCGCGGGCUUCACGCUUGGACCCUCCGCUGGCCCGUGCGGCAGCGUGGCACGCAUGCUGUGGUCGGUGUUGCGACCUCUUUGGCUCCUUUAAGGGCUGUGGGAUAUUGCGCCCUUGUGGGCAGUGACGCGGAAUCAUGGGGUUGGGAUUUGGGCCGUGGCAGACUUUACCACGACCGGAAGAGUCAAAGCGGACCCGCGCCAGCCUUUCCCAAAAUUAUCGAUGAUGAUGAGGAGGAGGAAGGGGCGUUUUCUGUGCCAGAGGAGAUUCUGGUGGUGCUGGACAUGGAUGAGGGAACGCUUGGGUUCUGUGCUGAUGGGAACUACCUGGGUGUGGCAUUUCGUGGGCUGAAGGGAAAGCAGCUGUACCCGAUCGUCAGUGCCGUGUGGGGUCACUGUGAGGUCACCAUGACCUACAUCAACGGACUAGACCCCGAACCUCUGCCCUUGAUGGAGCUGUGCAGACGGGCCGCUCGACAGGCUCUGGGUCGACAGCGGAUCCAUCACAUUCAGGCUUUGCCACUGCCACAGAUGCUUAAAAACUACCUGCAGUACCAAUGAGAGACACCAAAGCACAGAGCCAAAUAUGAGCUGCAGUCUGAAUGCAGUGUCAGUGAUGUCAGUAAAAGCUUUGUGCUGUGCACAGAUGUCUGUAGAGUUUAUGAGAGAUGAAUGCUACAGAAUUGACCAGACAGAGGAGAAUCAGUUUCUUAUGAAUAAUCAAACUAAUGGUUUAUUUAGAGAUAUUUCAAAGAAACUUAAUGAAAGUGUGUGUGUUUGUGUUUGAGACAAGUCCAUGUCUUCCAUUUGAGAUCAUUUUUAUUUUUUAAUCUAAACACUAAGGACCUGUUUUUGUAUGCAGAUCCAGUGUAAUAUUAAUGUUGUUUAGUAGCUACUUAAACAAAUGCAUUUUUUUUCUGGGUGUGUAUCCAGAACACAGGUCUUUAAUAUCUUUUAUUCAGUGCCUGAGAUUUUACAUUUUAAUUAAUUUGUGAGCAUGAAACUGAUGAAAUCGGUUCUGAAAUGUUUUUAGCAUCUGAACUGGAGUAUUGCUUUUUUCUUUAAAUUGCUGAAAGGAUGAUUUUUAUAUGUCUGAUGUCUUUUAUGGCUUUUGAUUUGUCAAUAAACCACUUAAAAUGA